AUGGCUGCCGAACUAGAAUCCGGCCUCGUUCUGAAGAGCUCUGAAGUCCAUGUUGCAUCUACGGAACCUGUCGCAGCUAGUUCGGCUCCUGCCGAGCUGGCUGCAGGUCUGUCAACGGCGCGGAAACUGUUCAUCUCUACGACUGUCAUAUUGAUGAACUUCAAUGUUACAUUGGGUUCGUCCCUCCCUAGUGGAGCGGGAGAUACGCUGAACGCUCAUUUUGGUGUUACGUCUGAACUCCAGAAGCCAUUGCCAGUGGCUGUUUUCCUCGUUGGUUAUAUUUUCGGGCCCAUAAUAUUCGCCCCGCUCUCUGAAUCGUGGGGUCGUCGUCCGGUCUUCCUGGUAUCCUUCGGCAUCUACACUGCAUUCACACUUGGAUGUGCCCUAGCACCAAACUGGCCAGUGUUUCUAUUCUUCCGCUUCCUGCUAGGUUGCGGCGCGGCCGCACCGCAGACCGUUUCAGGCGGCCUUUUUUGUGAUAUCUAUCCCGAUCUGGGGCCCCGCGGUCUGGCCAUGACGAUGCUCGGCCUUACAAGUAACAUUGGACCCCUCGUGGGGCCUAUCAUCUCGGGAUUCACCUCAACAAAAGUUUGGCAGUGGCAAUUCUGGAGCGCUUUGAUUCUUGCUGGUGCUAACUGGCCUAUGCUACUUUUUGUACCCGAAACGUUCGCUCCCGUAGUCAACGCCCGCGCCGUAAAAAGUGCUACAAAGGCGAAAUCGCAUCAAUUAGCCGCCUCUGUCAUUACUAAAACACGAUUAGGCAUUCGGAAUCGGGUGAGAAUUCUAGCACGUCCUAUCCGCAUUCUCUCGGAACCUCUCGUUUUCUUCACGGAUCUCUUCAUCCUCUAUCAAUAUGUCAUCUACUUCCUCUACUUUGGGGCGUAUCCAGUCAUUUUCCGCGGUACAUAUUCCAUGUCCAGUGGAGUUUCUGCUUUGAUGUUUAUCCCUACUGGUGUCGGGGGUAUUUUUGCCAUUGCUAUAUUUGUAGCUUGGGAUAAGUUUCAUAAAAAAAGCGUCGAAAGAGGAAGGCCAUGGGCUCUCCAGGAGGAGUACCGACGACUUCCACUGGCCUGUCUUGGUGGCCCCCUGUUCGCUCUAUCCGAGUUCUGGCUGGGGUGGACUGCUCGACCUACCGUUCAUUGGGUCGUUCCCGCAUUAUCAGGCAUAUCGCUAGGCAUCGGUAUCGAUCUCACGUUUCUAGCACUAAACAACUACCUCACGGAUGCAUACGGCAUUUACAGCGCAUCGGCGUUAGCGUCAAGCGUCUUUACGCGAAAUAUUUUCGCAGCGAUUAUUAUUCCUCUUACCACAUAUCCACUGUAUGAGAAUCUAGGUACCGAUUGGGCCUGUACAUUACUGGGAUGCUUAUGCGUUGCUUUGACUCCGAUCCCAUUCGCAUUUAUUCGCUGGGGUCCGGCCAUGAGAAGGCGUAGUUCUUUCUGCCAGAAGUUAGCACGUAUGAAGGACGAGGAUGAGGGUGGUAACAUGGUGGUUCCCCUUUGA